ACACCCCUUCCUCUGUCAUCAGCACACCCAUUUUGGAAAAGGAACAAAAGUUCAGGAAGGAAUGCAAAGGGCCGAGAGACUGAGAGAGAGAGAAGGCACACAGCAGCAACAGCACAAAGGGACAUUAGAGAUCCUGAAUAGGAAGUGACAGGCUGAUGACUGACCUCCAAUCAAAUAUGGAAAGUUUUGACCCUAGCACUAUCAGAAUUCUGAAACUAGUAACUCUUGAGGGGGUUCCUUUAUUUGAUGACACUGUGGAGCAAUGGGAGACAAUAUGGAACUUCAAAGCUAAACCUGAUGAUCUUCUUAUUUGCACGUAUCCCAAAGCAGGGACCACAUGGAUGCAGGAAAUUGUUGAUAUGAUCCGACAUGGAGGAGACACAGAAAAAUGUGCUCGGGCCCCUAUCUAUGAACGAAUACCCUACAUAGAGCUAUGUGAGCUAAAACCUUUUCCUUCAGGUAUUGAACAAGCGGAAGCACUGCCCUCUCCACGCACACUCAAAAGCCAUCUCCCUGUUCAUCUCCUGCCACCAUCCUUCUUCGAACAAAAUUGCAAGAUCAUUUAUGUGGCCAGGAAUCCCAAAGACCUUGCAGUUUCCUAUUUCCACUUCAUCCGCAUGGACAAGACAAUGGUGCAACCAGAAAACUGGGAUGAGUUCGUUGAGACAUUCAUUGCUGGGACAGUUGCUUAUGGCUCUUGGUUUGAUCAUGUGAAAGACUGGUGGAAGGCUAAGGACCAUCACCAAGUUCUGUACCUUUUCUAUGAAGACAUGAAAGAGGAUCUCGCACGGGAAAUCAAGAAGGUGGCCCAAUUCAUGGAUGUAGAGCUUCCAGAACCAGUUCUGAACCGGAUUGUGAAGCACACAAAGUUUGAGAGCAUGAAAGUAAACCCAGCAGUGAAUUACACAACUGUGCCUGAUUGUUUAAUGGACCAAACUAUCUCACCUUUCAUGAGAAAAGGUAUUGUUGGAGACUGGAAAGAGCAUUUCACAGUGGCUCAAAGUGAACGCCUGGAUGAGAUCUGUACUCAGUUAUUAAAGGAGAGUGGCCUGACCUUCCGCACAGAGUUAUAAGGGCACCUCUGGGUCACUCACCUUCCUCACAAUUCUUGUUGUCAUGUUUUUGGAAAAUGAUGCCAUAAUCUUUUGAGAAAUGGAACCUCCAUAACCUUUUGGAAAAUGGCAUUCUCUGUAACAUUUUGGGAAAACCAGGAAUCUCCCUGAGAAGAAUUAAAAACUUGCUUGAGUCAA